UUUCUGUAUGUGGUCACAUUGCUCAUCUCUUUCCUGUUGAAAUUUUUGACAAAUCAACAACUUAAAAAUGGCCAAGCGCACCAAGAAGGUUGGAAUCGUUGGUAAAUAUGGUACUCGCUAUGGUGCCUCUUUGCGUAAGAUGGUCAAAAAAAUGGAAAUCACCCAGCACAGCAAAUAUACCUGCUCCUUCUGCGGCAAGGAUUCCAUGAAGCGCGCUGUUGUCGGCAUCUGGUCCUGCAAACGCUGCAAGCGCACAGUGGCCGGUGGUGCUUGGGUUUACUCAACGACAGCCGCCGCAUCCGUGCGCUCCGCUGUGCGUCGUCUGCGCGAAACAAAGGAACAGUAAACACAUGCACUGUUAGUUUAUUUUAGUUCUCUAAAAGUUUCCCAACUUCGCAAUUUUCUGUGGUUUGCGCCGCGCCGGUUACAACGUUUUGUGCUUAUUUGUAAAGCAAAAGUGAAAAAUUAAAAACGGAUUUUACUUUUAUAAGUAAGAGAAA